AUGGGACGGCGUGUACUAUUUGCCGAGAUCAUGAUACCUUUGGUGGUGGCAAGUUCGGCCGUCCACGGCACAAGGGCUAUUGACACAAGCUGGCACGCUCCGGCAGAAACACAGCUCAACAACCUUACGUCGGCGCUGGCUUCCAAUGGGGUCUAUGGGUUUAUUUUUAAUUCGUCAAAUACUCCCCAACGCGAUUAUGGAGCAUACAACUGGUGCAAUAUGCCACAUGUUCGACCAACAGAGUACGUUGUGGCCGACAAGGCAUAUGAAUUACAAUAUGUUGAAUUGAUUCACAGGCACCACAAGCGGACGCCGUACGCUUCAAAUGCUUUCCCGGUUGAGUCUUACCAGUGGAAUUGCGAAGAUGCACACUUGUUUCUCUACGGCGAACCUUUGCAGGGAAAGCAAUCUUCUCCCGUAUUUCGAAAAGGGCAUAUUUCUCCGAUGAACCCAUUCGUGCCACCUGGCUGGAUUGGGAGCUGUAAUUUUCCUCAAAUUACGUCUGGCGGUCUAAGUGACUCGUGGCACCACGGUGCUGAUCUGUAUGCCGUGUAUCAUGAUCUCUUGGGGUUCCUUCCAUCGAGAAAUUCGGACUACAAAUCCUCUGUGCGAUAUCGCGUUACUAAUAAUGUUAUCACGAGCCAGGUUGCUGGCAUGGUAGUCAGCGGCAUGUGGUGGACAAACGACCCAUAUCCCCUAAUUGUUGAGAUUUCAUUCACGUCCCAUGACUAUCCUGCUUCUAUUUCCGUUCUCGUAACGGCACCCUCCACAAUAGCCUACUUGGUCUACCUCCUCACUCUGCUGCUGACAAAAGCUGUUGUUCCUAGGCCCCAGGAGUCGACAGCUUGGAACCACAAUACCCUUGUCAUUCAGCCGAUACACUCUUCAAUGGCAUCAAAUCCAACAAAAAUCCUGAUUGGAAACAGCAUCUAG